CGUCGCGCUAGGUCCAUAACAGAUGCACGGCAAGUCGCAAUGGUCGAUCUUAAGCUGACCCGAAAAGCAUGUCUUGAUACCGGUAAUCGAUGAUUACGAGCGGUUGUGGCGUCUGCACCAAAAGAACAUCUGAGACCUUAGCAUGGCUGUAACAUGGCGGUACGCACGAAGUCGUUACCGGUAUCUGGAUAUAUUGGAGUGUGUACUGAUCACCUCCGUUCUAGGGUGAGCACAGACUACGGUAUACUCAGAUCCCACCGAUACCUUAGAAUUACCACGAUGACUUGGUAGCCCUUACCGCAUCUAGAUGUGGAAUUUGCUCAUCAACGUUUGGUCAUUGCAGCCCAACUGCCCGGUCUUGGCUGGUGCCUCCGACAUUUUAUAAACCUACCCUCCGACAGUGCAUGGAAGUAUUCAAGAAUCUGUAUCACCCUUGUCGCAUCCUCAGUCAGCAUCUUUGUCUCAACCUGCUGGAGCCAAACUGGCACCAUGUCGAACUCACAAAAAGCCCAUGCAGUCGUCAACCAGAGUCAGGACUCUCUUGAUGAUGCCGAGAAGGGUAUAUACGACAGUACAGUGGUACUGCCAACACCUCCAACAUUUUUGUACACGAGCCAAGGACGACCAACACAUCUUAAUCCUCUGUCACUUGUAUCGCCAGUCCAUCAGGGAAUCACGCCCUGCACAAGCGUACCGGAGCUUGAGCUUCCGAGAGCAGCGAGAGGCGAAGUCGGUCACGUCGAGGUGAUCGAAGAGCCCAAGCACACAACAUCAGUACGACCUGAGAUCAGUCGGUGGAUACUGUUCGAACUAUGGUUCGACGCGUACCGCCGGUUCUUUACCUUCGUUGUUCUAUUCAACAUUACCGGCAUUGUCCUAGCCGCGACCGGUAACUUCAAAUACGCAGAUAAUCAUCUGGGUGCAUUGGUUUUGGGUAAUUUGCUAAUGGCCAUCCUCAUGCGCAACGAACUGUUCGUUCGGUUCCUCUAUCUGGCCGCCAUAUACGGGCUACGAAGUUGGGCUCCUUUACGCAUUAAGCUAGCGGUAAACUCUGUGUUGCAGCAUCUGGGAGGUGUGCACUCGGGUUGCGCACUAUCCGGCGCAGCCUGGCUUGUGUACAAGAUCGUCGACAUUGUUCGAUACCGGGCUGUCCAGCAUCCGGCUGUAAUUUCAAGUGGUAUUGUCACGAACAUUUUCAUCAUCAUUUCCGUACUGAGCGCUCUUCCAUGGGUGCGCAACACAUACCAUAAUGUUUUCGAGAAACACCACAGAUUUAUCGGGUGGCUUGGACUCGCUAUGACCUGGGUCUUUCUGAUCAUGGGCAACACCUACGACAUCAAGCUCGGCCAAUGGAGAACAGACACCCACUCGUUACUUAGUGCGCAAGAACUGUGGUUCGCUGUGUUCAUGACAGUCUUCGUCCUUACCCCUUGGGUCACCCUGCGCGAAGUUCCUGUUGAGGUGGAGAUCCCAUCACCCAAAGUGGCAGUCCUCAAAUUCGAGCGCGGAAUGCAACAAGGUCUUCUAGGCCGCAUCAGCCGAACUUCGGUGAUGGAGUAUCAUGCCUUUGGCAUCAUCAGCGAAGAUCGGAAGGCCACACACCAUUACAUGAUCUGCGGUGUGCAAGGAGACUUCACAAGAAGUCUCGUCGCCAACCCUCCGAAGCAUGUUUGGACGAGGCAGCUGAAGUUUGCCGGCGUUGGCCACGCCUCAGCAAUGUACAAGCGUGGCAUCCGCAUCUGUACAGGGACUGGUAUCGGCGCCGCACUUUCCACAUGCAUCCAGAGUCCCGACUGGUUCCUUAUCUGGAUCGGCUCUGAUCAAGAGCGCACCUUCGGACCUACCAUCACCGGCCUCAUCAGGAAACAUAUCGAGCCCGAACGAAUGAUUCUCUGGGAUUCGAAGAAGCGGGGCGGUAGACCAGAUAGCGUCCAGCUGCUGAAAGAUACAUGGAAGAGUUGGGGCGCUGAAGUUAUCUAUAUCACGAGUAAUAUGCAGGGCAACGAUGAGAUGAUGCAAGGGUGUCGGGCUGCGGGUCUGCAUGCGUUUGGUACGUUGUGGGACUUCUGAGCGUGUUUGGACGGGACUGGCUUUCUGGAUAGCGCGGUCGUCUGCAUUGAUGGGCGAGCAUAUAAGAGUAUCUAGAUGGGUUAGAUGCACGUAGUAC